UCCAGUGUUUAAAUGUCAAAUGCCGCACGAGCUAAGAACACAACCAACCACACAGCGAUGAAACCUACACCAAAUGUGAACUAAGAAUCCAAUCAGCAAUCCGGCAAUCAUUUGACAUUUUCAAUGGCCAACAACAACUACUGUGUAAUCAUCAUGUGGGUCAGUGUGUGAGUCUGCUGAGUGUGGAGUGUGAGGAUCUGCUGGAGCUGAAGCUAACCUUGCCAGCUUUCGUUUUCAUUGAGUCGGUCGAACAACUUGUGAAAAUUGCACAAUUGCCGCUGACUGAUACUGGUGACUCACCUCACAACAGCAAUGCUGACAGCAACAACAAUGGCGACAGCUCAGCUUGAAACCCGGCUUGGUGGGCUGUGAGUUUUGGGUGGGCGGCAGACGAAGAAGACGGCACAACAAUUUGCUUGGGGGUGUGCCUGUGAAGGCGGCCUGUCCCAAAAAAAAAAAGUUGUUGCGCUAGUUGUUGUCGUAGUUGUUAUCGUAGCUGUUGGCGUCGCUGUCGCUGCUGUGGCUGUCGUUGGCAGCGGCAACACUUGACCAGGUUUUUUUUAUGUCGGUCUUGCUCUCUUACCGGCCUGCGCGGUUGUUCAACUUAUGGCGCACAAUGUUGCUACUAAGUGUGUUGCAAGUGAUUCUCGAUUCGGUGGCAUCAAAAUUUAUUUGUUUUUUGUUUAUCUCGUUUGGCCAGAAAUUGACAACAUUUUGAACCUCGCUGAGAUGCCGAACAAAAAGCUUGGCUCAAAGCAGCAUCUACGCUUAUGGCAAUUGCAACUACUCGCAAGCAAUGUAUCUGUUUCUGUAUCUGUGGCCAAGAGUCGUGUUAGUGUGGGUUCGUGCUGCGAACUACGAUCUGCAAGCUGCGAGCGCAGGAGACAAAGUCGUAGUCGUAGUCGUAGUCGAAGCCGCGACUACUAUAUAAAGCUCUUAAAUAGGGCCGCCGCUGCACAGUUCGAUCCGUUGCAGCUUUCACUUACCACAGCCAAACGGGCAACGGAGCAAUCGCGCAACUUCUGCAACUUCAACUGCAACUGCAACUGCAACUUAAGGCAGAGUGAUCAAGUGGCACAUCGCAAACUGUAA